GCCGUAACCUCUGCAUGCUGGCGCUGCAUGCUGCAAGAUGCGAGUCAUGGUGACGCUCCCCGUGUGCCUCUCGUGGGCAGCAGCCCACAAGGCCAGCUGCUGCAAGCAGGACGCAGGGUUCAGCUGUAGGUGCAUGUGCCUCCCCGUCAGGUGCAGCUUAGGGCCGAGGUGCACGGUGCAUCCUGCAUCGCGGAUUCGCGGCGCGGCGCGUCCAGCCAACGAGGAGAGGCGGAAGAGCGCCACGCGGUCGGUGCGGCGGGAGACGCGAUCUCGCGGCUUGGCUGGGGCUCCGCAGCUGCCUUCGUUCCUGACCCUCAUCCGGCGCCGGCUGGGCAGCUGCUGCUUCGCAUCUCACCACUCGCACCCGCCGUGCGCACCAUCCUUCCACAUACUCGUCCGUGCACCCUCCUCGCUCGUCCCAUAGCUGCUCUUCCCGCCGGCCAGUCGCUGCGCACCCGGCCGACGCAGAUCUUGUGCACUUUUCGCACGCCGACCUCCACGUCGCACGCCGCGUC